AUUCAGACACAUUCACAAACAUGAGGAGAACUGAAGACCAGUCUCAGAGAGGAAGAGAUGCAAACAUUCACCACAUACAUGGAUGUACAGAAAGGAAGAAAGAAAAGAAGAUUUCCGAAGGCCAGGAAAUAGGACACGGCUUAAACUAAGAGAAACACUAAAACGAUAAACAAAGACAAAACUAUCCUGCAACAAAAACUGGUCUGACAAUGUGGACAGUUGUAGGUGUGAUCUGUCUCUCUCAGUGCAUUAUGGGUCAGGUGCUGGAGGUCAGGUCCAAAGGAGCCCAUCCUCAGUUCAUCUGCAGCAUCCCAGGUUUGCCAGGGGCACCAGGAAAGCCCGGCCACCCUGGAGCUCGUGGGGAGGACGGCCAUACUGGAAUCCCGGGAAGAGACGGAAGGGAUGGACGGAAGGGGGAAAAGGGAGUAAAAGGAGAUCCAGGGAUCAGAGGUAGAGUUGGCCCGACAGGAAGAAUUGGAGAGCGUGGAGAGCGGGGUUUCAUUGGAAGCGAGGGCCCUGAGGGUGAUCCUGGAGAUUUAGGGCUUCCUGGUCCUUUAGGGCAUCUCGGACAGAAGGGGGACAAAGGCCAACGUGGGCCUUCAGGAGAACCAGGCAUCUGCAAAUGUGGAAGUUUGGUCCCCAAAUCCGCUUUCUCAGUAGGCAUCACCAGUAGCUACCCCACUGAAAAAGCACCUAUAAAGUUCAACAAAAUCCUCUUUAAUGAGGGUGGCCAUUACAACCCCGAGACAGGAAAAUUCAUCUGUGCCUACCCAGGAAUAUACUACUUUUCUUAUGACAUCACUCUGGCUGACAAGCACCUGGCCAUUGGGUUGGUCCAGAACGGAGAGUACCGGAUAAAGACUUUUGAUGCCAACACCGGGAACCAUGACGUGGCGUCUGGCUCAACAGUGAUGUUUCUAAACCCGGAGGACGAGGUGUGGCUGGAGAUCUUCUACAAGGACCAGAAUGGCCUGUUUGCUGACCCCGGUUGGGCUGACAGUCUCUUCUCUGGAUUUUUAAUUUAUGCAGAUACAAACUAUAUGGAUACAUUGGCAGAAGACUACAGAUAGCGGACACAUUAAUUUCAGUAAAUGGUGCUACCUGUGGCCAGUCCAUCCCUGACCAUGGAUUAGGAUAUUUUAUACAUCAUCAAUAUAACAAAGCAGCUGCAUUGUAAAACAACUGUACAUCUCUCAAGAACCCUGCAUUCUGUAUAGGGCUGCACAGUAUAUUGCAAGAUAGUAUAUGCCAGGGGUCACCAAUCUCGGUCCUGGAGGGCCGGUGUCCCUGCAGCUCCAACUUGCCUCAAGACACCUGCCUGGAUGUUUCAAGUAUACCUAGUAAGACCUUGAUUAGCUUGUUCAGGUAUGUUUGAUUAGGGUUGGAGCUAAAAUCUGCAGGACACCGGCCCUUUAGGAACAAGUUUGGUGACCCCUGGUAUAUGCAGUAUACACAUUGCAGAGAUGUGUGACAAAUUACAUUAAACUGCAAAUAAAUCACAUUAAAAUAAACACUAAUGGCGGGAGUCAAGAGGAGAGAGGAAAAUGACAACAGUCAGUCAGAGUCAGAAUAUCUGCAGUGGCAUUCAUUCAUUCAUUUUCCUUCAGCUGAGUCCCUGAUUUAUAAAGGGUCACCACAGCGGAAUGAACCACCAACUACUGUAGCAUAUGUUUAAUGCCACGCAUGCCCUUUCAGUUGCAACCCAGUACUGGGAAACGGUUUUCACUCAUUCAUAGUGAUUAAAAGACUACAUGUUUGCACCUUUUUUAGUCUGAAUUAGAAUAAAAAACUACAAAAUAUUAUAAAUACACUGUAAAUACUACAGUGUUUUUGAACCAUACUAUGCUAAAGUGUAUUAUACUUUAUAUAUAUUAUAGAGUUUACAACACAUUAUUAAUAAAUGCUACAGCUAGUAAUAAAUACUGUAGUAUACUUAAAUUUUUAUUACAGUAAACUUUGGUGUAAAAUAAUAUGUAUUCGUAAAAAACAUCUAUAGAUUAAGUCAUUUGUUGUAUUGCCAUAGCAUCUAUAGAAUCACUGAGACAUAUUAAAGUACUUUAAUAUUAAUUCAAAAAUAUUUACUAUAAAAUACUAUAGUAUUUUUUCAUGUGGCAUUAAUUUUUACAUUGACAUUUAGUCAUUUAGCACAAUAGUCCCAAAACUUUAUAUCACCGCAGACCGGUCAACAAUUUUACGGCGGCCCAGGUGGAGGGUUGUACAGAUUGCCAGGUGACCAUAAGCCAUUUUCUUAGAGGAUGACAAGCUGACAAAACAUUGCUGCAACUCUGAUACAAGUUUUAUAUAUGGAGAAAAUUAAAUAGCACUGCAAUGUUUGGGUGUUCUGUAUUUUGAGAUAAUAAGUAUAAUGAAAUGUGCAUAUUCCAUACAAAGCAUGAAGCUAAUCUGUCAGUUCUUGUCACAUGACUUGUGAUGUGCUUGCGGCAUUCUGAAAGUUAAGAUGUUUUCAUCUUGGUGCGUCUGGAAGGCGUUAGCGUGUAGCUCCCAAUAUGCGCACCUCCGUAGGAAAAAUUACCUUCCACACAGAAAAGAUGCGGUAUGUGGAUGGCCGCCCUCAUUUGUGAUCUCCAGCAGUUGAUCUUCUUGCACAGACAUGCUGGAUUUACCUGAUUUGUUGACAAAUGGGUUGUGGAUCCAUUCCUUGGGAGUUCUUGGUAGAAACUUUCCAAAGACAUUAGUUUCUUACUAAUUAUCUAGCUUGUGGGUUAAAUAUUGGCAUUCGAGUGAUAUAACCGAAAGAAUACGGUAAUUUUCAAAAAUAAAAGAUUUUUCAAAAAUAAAAGAUCAUUCAGAAUCAGAUAAUAAAUAAAAUGGAAAUAAUUAAUGAUUUCUUGAGCGGCCCAGUGCCAAUUGAUCCAUGAACCGGUAUCAGUUCACUGAUUUAGCAGAUGCUUUAGUCCAAAGCGACUCAUGACUGAGAAGGCAUUCAGAGAUUCAACAAAAAGAGGCAAUACACACAAGUGCUCAUUAUACAAAGGAGCUGUUAAUGCUCAGAGAAUUGAGUGCUAGAGUAAGAAGGGGGGAGUAUUUUUUAGAGAGAGAGAGAAGAUUGAGUUUUCCACAGGUGGUUUGUCAAGCCCACUCACCUGUGUGAGGCACACUUCAUAAAUGCACAAUGUUUUUUAGAGAUAUGGAGUGAUUGUAAGAAAGUGUCUGGUGCAAAUGUCAGUUAAAGUAUCAGAGAGAAGAAAGAGUGUGUUGUCUACAGGUGGUUUGUCAAGCCCACUCACCUGUGUGAGGCAUACUCAGAAUUGCAUAUUAUUGUAAUUAUCAGGACACUGGUUGCAGAGUAAAUAGUUUAAUAAUUGGCAGGCAAAUAUUAAGUCCCGUGGAGGAGCUCUAUAUGGAUUCUAUUUAAGUGGAUAGAGUGUAGAUAUAUGUACCAGAC